AUGGAGAUGAAGAAGGUUGCUUGCGCCGCCGUCGUGUUCGCUGCCGCCUCAAUGAGCGCAGCUUUGGCCGCCGCCGGACCCACCGCCGCUGCUGGUGCACCGACGAGCGGUGCGGCUGGUGCCUUGCCGGCUCUUGGGUCUUUGGUGGGUGCCUCCAUCGUCUCCUUCGUUGCCUUCUACUUGCAAUAA